AUGAGCGAGGAAAAUAACGAAGGUCUUUUUAUAAGUAAGCAUGAAUUUCAAGCCUUAUAUGACCAUUAUACAAAAUUUAAGGACAGUUUAAAAAAUUUAGAAAGCAUAAAAAUUUCAAAAUGUUCCGAACAUACACCUGAGAGGGUAUCAGGAUCCAAAAAGGAAUCGGGAUCGUCUGAAUCUGAAAAUGAAGUUAAACGAAGGGAAGAGCUGGUUAUGGAUGAUUCAACGGAUUCCGAACAGAAGCCGGUGGAAGCGCAUCGAUUAGUAAUCCCUAAAAAAGGAAAAUGGAAAAAAGCAAUUCGCAACAAAAAACUGGCCUUCAAGAAAAAAUCAGGAAAAGAAACACCAGAAAAUCUGAAAGAGACAGAACCCGAAACCUUAGUACAAAAAAUAUCAAAAGCUGAAAAAUCUGAUGAGAAACUUAAACCCAAGGACUCUGAACGGUUUAAAACUGAAAACUACGUAGAGAACAAGGUAUUGGAACUUCAUAAAGUACUGAUAUCUUCAUCUUCAGAAGUCGAGGCAGAGUCAACAUCAGAUGAUGAAACAACUCUAGCAAAAUGGUCAGAAUCCGUCAGAGAUUUGCAUGAAGUUAAAAACGAGUUCUCGAGUUUGUUGGAAUAUUUCCGUCAAUCGUUUUUCGAUAGUGAGAGGAAAAAUAAAAAAAUAUUCGAACUAAAAGCUAAGCUAUCCAAAAAUGUUGGUCCCCGUCAAGAGGGAAACAAGGAAAUUGAGAUUCUUAAUGAUGAAAUUGAAAAGCUGAAGACUUACGUGAGAAUUUCAAUUGAUCAAAAUUUUGACGUCGCAAAUGAAAAUGAGAACUUGCGAAAACAAAUCGAGGAUUUGAACUCGAAGCUUGAAGUAAAAGAAGAAUUGGCAAAAGAAAGGCAAAGAGUCAAUAUAUCAGAUAAAGAAUCCUCUUUACAGAAGAAAAAGAUUCCGGUGGGAAAGGAGACUCAAGGCGAGGAGGUAGCUAAAGGGGAUGACAGUCUGCUCUCAGCUGAAAAAGAAAAGGCUGGACCACAAUCUUACAAUACCUGCAAUUGUGAUGAUGCAAAAGCUCAAAUAAAUGAACUCAAGAAAGAAUCGAAGAAAAAAGAAAUGAUGUUAUCGAUGAAACUCGAAGCCGCACGAGCCAAAGUAGACACUCUAACAGCAGGGACAUUAGAGAGGGAUGAAUUAAUUAAACAAUAUAGUUCGAGGCUUUCAACAACAGAAAAGGAAAUCGAAAAUUUAGAACACAAGUUGAAGGAACUUCAAGGCCGUUCCAAAAGUUUGGAAUCACAAUCGGAAAAAGAGCAAAUGAGGUUCAAGAAAUUGAAAAUGUCGUGUGAGUCUCUAGAAAGAGAAAACAGUCAGCUUAGGAAAGAGAAGGAAAUUUUUGAAGAACUGCUGUCGGAGUUUCGAGACACAGCUGAUGAACAUCAAAAACAGAAGAACGAAGCUCUGAAGCAGAUUCAGAUUUUUGAAGAAUACCUAGCAAAGAGCCAGAGGCAUUUGAGCAUGAAAAAUUGUGAGAUUGAAAAGCUGCAAACAGAUCUGUCGGAAUUGGGUGACUUAAUGACGAGGAAAUUUCCUCCCGUGAAGACUUUUGAAGCUGAAACACAAACGAGAGAUAUUCGAUCGGAAAUGGCCAUUCAGGAGAAAAUAAUCGAUAAUUACAGAGGCGAACUCAAAGUACAAGACAGAAAAGUGCUGCUGCUGCAAAAUGAGGUAGAAGAUUUAAAACAGCAAGUGGUUAGCACGAGGAAAAGUUUACGAUCAAGAACAAAGGAAAAUUCCUCGCUUUUAGUGAAGUUGAAGAAAUUAGAGAAAGUCAUUGCUGAGAAGACCGCCGGACUGGAGAAAGUUCAGGACAAAUUAGAGCUUCAGUCGCGAUCUGCUAAGCACUGGGAGAAAGAGGCCGAAUCUGCGACCGAAAAGUACCGAGUAGCGUUCGAAGAAAGCAGAAGAUUCGAAGAGUUGUACCACCAGAUGAAGAAUCUUAGCUCGCACCAAAAAUCUGAAGUUGCUCUCUUGGUAAAAAGACACGAAUAUCUUUUGCACAUUAUACAUAACAAAGACGCCCAAACCAAAUGUUCUAUGAAUAGAAAUAUUGUGUUAACAUAG